UCCAGAAUUCUUAUUGAGGGUUUACAAGCUUCUUAUUGAGGGUUUAUUGCUUGUAAACCCAGGUUACUUCCAACUGCGUCAUCUUGUUUGGCACGUCAUGAAAGUUGAAGAUAGAUUGAGAGUUUUCUCAUUUAUCUCUAGUGGACUCCAGAAUUCUUAUUGAGGGUUUACAAGCUUCUUAUUGAGGGUUUAUUGCUUGUAAACCCAGGUUACUUCCGACUGCGUCAUCUUGUUUGGCACGUCAUGAAAGUAGAAGAUAGAUUUCAUUUUUAUAAUUGGUAUUGCACUAUAAAUUAUGAUUUUCUAAGGCAUUUUGGGCAGUAGACAAUACUUGACCUUAAUCAUGGUUAAUGUGAUGAUCAUGUUUGCUGGUUUUCAAGAACAUCAGGAGAAAGAAAAGUAUCUUCUGAUCAUCAACCAUGGUUUUAGGUUUGAUCAACUCUUAAUUUUCUUCCUGAUCAUUCUUUCAAGCUUGUGGAAUUGUCAUGUUGCUGCUGCAGCAGACAAUAUUGGGGACAGACUCAAAAUAGGCGACACUCUCAAUUCCUCAAGCGCUUUAGUUUCCACCACUGGGAAGUUCACUUUGCUUUUCUUGCCCCUCAGUUCAAGUUCCAACUACAGCUAUCUAUAUAUUAGGCGGUACAAUGUAAGUGGUGCGAAUAAGGCUUGGGUUGGCAACCGAGACUCGCCUGUUUUAUACCCUUUUGGAGUUCUUACCUUGGACUCCAACAACACAUUAAAAAUCAUUACAGACAACGAAGGUGGCGGUGGCGAUCCUCCUAUAGUGCUUGGCUCCGCGCCAAAAAGUAGUAGUAAUGUUGCGGCUACUCUGUCAGAUUCUGGCAAUUUUAUCCUACAAGAGUUGAACUCCGAUGGAUCAACGAAGCAGGUGUGGUGGCAAAGUUUUGAUUAUCCAGCAGAUACCUUUUUACCAGGCAUGAAGUUAGGUGUCAACCGUAGCAAUGGGCACAUUUGGUCUCUUACAUCAUGGACAUCCGUUAACUACCCACCGCCGGGGCCUUUCAUCCUAGAUUGGGACCCAACUGCCCGCCAAUUGGAAAUUCGGAGAGAAGGGGUGGUUUAUUGGAGAAGCGGAAACUAUAGUGCUACAAACAACAGAUUCCAAAACAUUUUGCCGAAUGCAAAGGUUAGCUACAAGUUUAGCAUUGUUUCAAAUGAGAAUGAAGACUACCUCACUUACACUUCUGAAGAUGGUCCAUAUGAGUUACCAGAAUGGAUUCUAAAUUAUUAUGGGAAGCUUUUUAAUUAUUAUGGAUCGGGAAUUGAUAUUGCACGAGCAGAUCAGUGUGGAGGCUACAACACAGAUGGAGUAGGGUGCCAGACAACUAGCCGGCCAACCACUUGUAUGGCAGAUGUCGGCAGUCCAUUUGGGCUAAAAAAAGGUUCCUUUAAACCAAUCACCUCGAGUUCAACUUCAAGAUGCCCAUACUCGCUCAACUUUGUAUCAAAUGGAAGUCACAGUGGUACUAGUAUUAACUGUAACAAUACUUGUUUGCAAGACUGUGACUGCCUUGGAUUCGACUUUCUAUUUGAUAAUCAGACAGGAUGCCGAUUUUGGAGUGUGGACUGUGAGUUCGUUGAAGACCGCACUCAACCUGGUAAUGCAAGCAAUUUGGUUUUGACAAAGCUAAUGCCAACAACAAAAUCACCACCGCCAAAGUCACCACCAAGCAAAAGUGGUGCAACGCAUAAAUGGAUUUGGAUUGGGGUUGCUAUUAGUGCUGCUCUAGUGAUAAUGGCCUUUUCCAUCUUGUGCUAUCUACGAAGAAGAGGAAGAAAAUCUAAACUUUCAGGUGAGGGUGAGAUCGACCAGAAUCAAUUGCUUAACUUCAGGAAUCCUAGGAGGCCGACUGAUUUGAAUGGACUUCAAAAUGAUGGAAAGAUGGGACAUGACUUGAGCGUAUUUAGCUAUGCAUCUGUAAUGGCUGCCACAAUCAACUUCGCUGAAGAAAACAAGCUUGGAGAAGGGGGCUUUGGACCUGUUUAUAAGGGAAAAUUGGCAACGGGACAAGAAGUAGCUGUGAAGAGGCUUUCAAAAUGUUCAGGGCAAGGAACACUAGAGUUUAAGAAUGAAUUGAUCCUCAUACAUGAACUUCAACAUACAAACCUUGUCCAGCUUUUUGGAUUCUGCAUUCACGGUGAAGAGAGGAUGUUGAUAUAUGAGUACAUGCCAAACAAAAGUCUGGACUACCUUUUAUUUGAUUCAAUCAGAGGUGUUUUUCUAGAUUGGAGCAAGCGUUUCAGCAUAAUUGAAGGAAUCGCUCAAGGAUUGCUUUAUUUGCACAAAUUCUCAAGAACAAGAGUAAUUCAUAGAGAUCUAAAAGCUAGUAACGUACUACUUGAUGAAAAUAUGAACCCCAAAAUUUCAGAUUUUGGUAUGGCAAGGAUUUUCUCCAUUAAUGACCUGGAAGCAAAUACUAGUAGGAUUGUUGGGACACGUGGUUACAUGCCUCCUGAGUAUGCAAUGGAAGGAAUUUUCUCUACAAAAUCCGAUGUCUACAGUUUUGGAGUGUUAGUGCUUGAAAUCAUAAGUGGUAGGAGAAACAAUAGCUUCUACAAUGAUGAUCGUGCCAUCAAUUUAGUAGGAUAUGCAUGGGAGUUGUGGAAAGAAGGCGCAGGGCUACAACUAAUGGAUCCAACACUAGCUGAUUCGUCUACUAACGAAGAUCAACUGUUAAGAUGCGUUCAAGUUGGUCUUCUAUGCGUGGAGGAUAGUGCAGCGAAUCGACCUACCAUGUCAGAUGUGCUCUCCGCGUUGACAAAUGAAAGCUCACGAUUACCUGCACCUACAAAGCCAGCAUUUUCUACAGAUAGGCAUGCGGUCACCAGUAGUAUAGUUGAAAAGGAGCCACAAAUUUUAUCUGUAAAUGAUCUGACCAUUUCUGAUUGUGAUGGACGUUAAAGCCUUAGAGGCACUAGUACAUUGUUGAUGAGUUCUAGCUCAUUGUAGGUCUUGAGAUUGCAUCGCAUCGUUUCUGAAAAACAUAAAUUUAAACAAAGCAGAAGCUUCAAUUGUAAUAUCAGUUUUUAGUUUCAUACUGGGCCUG